CUUUCUCCACCCCUCUCCCUCGAUCCCCCGCUCCUCCUCCCUCGAUCCCCCGUUCCUCGAUCCCCAAAACCCUAACCCUAGCUCCGCUCUCCGCGCACUCACCGAUCGCCCUCGUGGUUCGGAUCGAUCGCAAGCUUCGAGAGGCUCCUCCGGUGGCGUCGGGAGGAGGAGGAGGAGGAGGAGGAGGAGGAGGUUGGGAGAGAUGACGAGGCGGUGCUCCCAUUGUAGCCACAACGGGCACAACUCGAGGACGUGCCCUAACCGCGGGGUGAAGCUCUUCGGCGUGCGCCUCACCGAUGGAUCCAUCCGGAAGAGCGCGAGCAUGGGGAACCUCUCCCUCCUCGCCGCCUCCGCCGAGGGGUACGCUUCCGAUGAUUACGUCCAGGGAUCGUCCUCGAGCUGCCGCGAGCGGAAGAAGGGUGUGCCAUGGACUGAAGAAGAGCACCGAAUGUUUCUAAUUGGAUUGCAAAAGCUUGGGAAGGGUGACUGGCGAGGAAUAUCUCGUAAUUAUGUGGUGUCACGUACGCCUACCCAAGUAGCAAGCCAUGCUCAAAAAUACUUCAUACGUCAAACCAACAUGACCAGAAGAAAGAGGAGAUCUAGCCUUUUUGAUAUGGUACCUGACGAGCCCAUUGACUUUCAGCCAGUUCAAGCAAGUCAAGAACCAGAGACACAAGAAAACGAUCAACAGCUUUUACCUCCGGCCAUUGAUGAGCAAUGCGAAUCAAUGGACUCUAGCCCUUCAAUGGUCGGAGAGGCGGCUGUUCCAAGUUUGGAGAAUCCUCAGUGCAGUUAUCCAGUAAUAGUGCCGGCUUAUUUUCCGCCGUUUAUUCCGUUCUCGCUCCCUCUAUGGCCACCAGGUUAUAAAACAGAUACGUUGGAACGGGAGACGCAUGAGAUCGUUAAGCCAACUCCAGUGCUUUCCAAGGCUCCGAUAAACGUCGACGAACUCGUGGGUAUGUCAAGACUAAGCAUAGGAGAAUCCAAAAGAGAAUCUGCUGAGUCGUCGACAUCAUUAAAUUUGCUCGAUAAUUCAAAUAGGCGAUCGGCUUUCCAUGCUAAUCCGCAAACAAGGGCUCAAGCAUGAUAUCAGAUCCUUCGAAGGCCGACAUGGUGAAGAUAAGCUUCACCCCUUUGUUGUUUAUACAUGAUUAACUGUGUUUUGAGGCCAACUGUUUAAGUUUAUAUCAUCUAUUUCUUUUUACUAGGAAAAUUUGUAAUGACAUAGUAAGUUAUUAAAGUGACUAACAAUGUUGCCACUUACUAAUGUUGCUUCCAUUGAAACUGCUAGUCAUAUUAGGCGAUCAGGUGCUAUGUUUCUUUUACAAAUUUACAUUUUAACGUGUUAUAUGCUGCAA